GUAGAACAAGGAGGAGGAGCAGCACAUGAGUCGUCUGACAGGUUUGGCUGGUCUGUUGCUCCCUUCCAUUCUGGAACACAUUUACACGCUACAGUAGAAUUCUACAGUUGUUACCCUUUGUGGCGUGAUGAGCUGUAGAGAGGCCUAGAGUUCUGUUGGGGACCUGUAAGAUUCUACUUCCACUCUAAAGAACAUCGAGACUUUAGGGCACCAGGGUUCAAGUGAGAUCCCGUGGGAACUGGACGAAGACGGAAUCAUAUCAGCCAAGAGCAAAAUCCUGUCAACUUUCAGGGGACAGUAGGAUCCUGGACUGAUGGCAUCCAAAGAAGUUUGACUUUGGGUGGCCAAAAACAGCAGGAGAAAGACGGGAGUCAAGGACAACCCACCCAUGUUACCUCCUACUCCCAUCUCCAGCAUGCCUGUGGAGACCCCCCAGCCUGUCCUGACACAGCCGGUGAGGGCUGCUGGGACGCCCAACCCCAACCGCAUCCUCAUGCCAAACCGCCUCCUCCAACCAAGAACAGCGGCAGCAGCUGAGCCCAGGCAGAGCGCAGUGGAGAGGCUGGCGGCAGACAAGGCUAAAUACGUCAAGAGUCAGGUGGCCCCCUCCAAGCAGCAGCCAAUAAAAGUGCCUCCGCCUGUCAUGCGCAAACCUCUGAUGUCCCCGGCUACCGGACUGCGGCCAACCCGUAAGACCCAACCGCCUCGCUCUAACUACACCCAGCAAGGGAGUGCCCCAUUGGACCUGGAGCACCUGAGUAACCUGAUCAAUGGGAUGGGUGAGGCUGAAACUCCCCCUACCGCCCCCACCAUGGACCCAGUGGAGAGUAGUCAGGCCCCUGAUUGCCCCAGCACCACUACCAUCUCUCCUUGUCCCUCUCCGUUCUCUGCUGGGGCUGCUGAGGGGAUCCCGACCCCCUGCCCUGAAUGGUCCACCCCAGUCAAAUUAAGGAUAAAUGCCUCUGGCCCCCUAAGUCCUUCUGGAUGUUCUGCUGCAGUAACCAUACGUAGAGUGGACGUAAUACCCCAACACCACCAUACAAUGCCAGUGAGGAAGCCCUUCAGAGCACGGCAGCAGAUGCAUCUCCCAUUGCAGCCCAUGGCUCUGCAUCCACACACCCAGAUCCACAACGCUAUGUCACCUCUUCGUCUCUUCCACCCCCGAACUACCUAUGCACCAGGCCCUGCAUCUCCUAAACCAGUCCCAGCCCCUCCACCACAAGACCACACCCCAACCCCCAACUCCCCGUCUACCCCCGUUCAGUUCCCAGCCAACUACUCUGUACUUCCGCCCUCCCCGUCGGUCACUCGCCCGUCCUCCGGUAGCUCCAGGAAACGGCCCUCUCUGACCCGCUCCAAAUCAGACAUGAGUGACCGUUACUCCCGGGCCAGUACUGACCUGGAGCGCUUCUUCAACCUGUGUGGUUUGGACCAUUCGGAGAUGCAGGUGCUGAAGGGGCCGGCCUCGGACAUUGUGUCCCUUGCACAGUUCCGCAGUGCCAGUGCUCCUGGGUCAGAGUGUGCAGGCCAUGAGGGUGAAGAGGAAGAAGAGAACGGUGGGCCUGCAGAGCCAGCUCCCUAUGGUGUCUCGGUCAUUGAGAGGAACGCCAGAGUGAUCAAGUGGCUUUAUGGUAUCCGCCAAUCCAAGGAUACUGCCAGGAGCACCAACAUGUAGGGCCAUGAGACUGAUGUAAAUAGAGGCAGGGGAGAAAAAUAUGGAGGUACACUUUAAACAUAAUUCCUGUACAGAGAAAAAAAACUGGAGAAGUCUGACUGCUGUAUAAACCAACCAAUGACAAUGAAAAUGAAAGGAAGGGACUGAUGUGUACUAAUAAUGAAAGAAAAUGUAUGUUAAAGCAGUAUGAUAAGAGUGUUGGACAUCAUUUGUGCAAGAUAUUUGGUACUUUGUACUACCACCCGUUUCACCUUUAUUGACAAAAAAGAUAGCCAGUCAGAUUAAGUAAGUUAUCAGAAUUGUGUUCUCUUUUUUUUAAAUGAGAAAUACAUCAACAUAUUUGUUUUUGUCUCAUACUGGGGCUUUCAAGUCUUUCUUGGUUGUUGGUUGUGCUGCUGUUUGAUUGCUUUGUUACUGUAUGUUCAGAUAAUCUGUUUCUAAAUAAAUACCAUUAACAAUGUUAAAGUAAACUGA